AUGUAGCAGAAUUAAGAUGAUUAAAAAAAUGAAACAAAUGAUAAAAGUACAAUAUAUAAGGUGCACAUAGGCUAGUCUUUAAUAUUAAGACCAGGAGGAAAUAUGUAGAUUAUAUAUUUAUUACUUUAUAGAAUAAUUUUACCAACAAUAUAAGAUAGCCAACCUCUUUUAGGUUAUUAAUGCUAAAUUUACUUAAAUCAGAGAUACCAUAUUUCUAUUCCUUUUGAUUUUAUAGAUAAACCAGAUAAUUUUCCAGCAAUUUAUAAAGGAUGUAUUGAUAAAAAUACAUUGUUACCAAAUGGAAAAGGAGAAAUAAAUUUUAAUAAAGAUUAUAAAUUUUUUGGUUAAUUUAAAGAAGGAUUUGCAGAUGGUAUUUGCAAUAUUAAUAAUAAUGAUUAUACAUUGGAAUACCGUUGUGGAUGGAGACAUGGACCAUUUGAAUAAAAAUUUGAAAAUUGUAAAAUCAAAGGAAGCUAUAAGAACAAUUUAUUAUAUGGAAUAUUGACUGAAUUGAAUGAAGAUGGAGAAAUUAUAGAACCUUAAUCAUAUUAUCUUAAUAAUGUAAGAGUUGAGUAUCCUCCUUAAGAAGAGAAUUUAAUACAAACUACAAGAUAUUUAUUUUAUUACAAAGACUAUUCAAUAAAUAACUAUUAAUAUAUAGGUUUAAAUGGAUAUAAUUGGAUUAAUUAAACAAUAAUUGACUUUUAUUUAGAAUUGAUUUAAGAUUAUUUUCGAUUAAUAAAUCCUGAUAAAACAAUACUUCUAAUCAAUACUAUAAUGUGUUAAGAUAUUUUUUCAAGUAUGGUCUGUGACUAAAGUAUUUAAAUUUCUAUACCAGAAAAGAUCUAGGAACUUAUUCUCUAAAAUAUACACAAUAGAAUUAUACUAAUUAUGAAUAUAGAUAGAACUCAUUUUGUAACAUUGGUAUUUUAAAACAACACUCUCUUUUUGUUAAAUUCAAUGAAUUAUUUUCUUGAUUAUAAGAUUUUGGAGAAAGUAAUAUAAAUAUUUCCAUUAUCAGAGAAGUAAAUAGAGAUGAAAAUUUUACCAGUUCCAUAGUAAUAGAAUGGGUAUGAUUGUGGUUUAUAUUCCAUUUUUAAUGUUCUUUUAUAAUAUAUAAAUAUAGACACUCCAGUAGAUUAGAUUGAUUAUAGUAUUGCAACACCUUAAAAAAUAAAUUAUUUAAGGUAACAUUUAAGAAAUGUUUUUUUAAAUGACUAUGCACAUUUAUUUCCUACAUAUUGA